AUAUUGUGGUACAAACCUCAGCAACACCCCCCUCAGGCACACAUGGGACCAUCUGGAGCGGGAACCUGAAACCAGACAUGUCGUCAGUGAUGGAACAUCAGGAACCAGCUUCUACCGGUCAAGUCUACUGCUGUUACACCUUUGACCGUUAGGGGGCGACUCCGAACCAGAAGUGUCCCGCCUCUCACAGCGUCCCGCAGCAGGGUACUCGGAGUCGGACUCGGGAGUCGGCACCGCGCCGCCAUCCUCGCACUGGCCCGGCCGGGAUGGAGAAAGACGGCCCCGAAGCGGAGCCCCCCCGCCAGCGGAACGGCUUCGUGGGCAUGCUUUACGGGGAGUUCACGGACACGCUCAACGACAAGGUCCGCUACUCCGUGAGCUUGACGGAGAGCGCUCUGACCGUCCAGAGGAUCUCGUCGUCCCCCGGUAGAACUAAGGUGGUCCUCAACUUGACGGACUGCGUCGGCUGCCGGGCGUACCGAGCGGCGGACGGCGCCGACGUCGGCGCCUACUUUACCGCCUAUUUCUACCCGUUCAAGCGGCGCUGGAUGAGCGCCGGCGUGGCCCGCCAGCGAGUGGAGCAGUGCUUUCGGGUGGCGCUGGUCCAGGACGCCCUGACCAACCUGCGGGAGGCUGAGAGGUGGGCUCGAUCCAUCAGGGACGCCUCGGUGCAGCAGGCUCCCCGGAAAGCUGGUGUCACGGCUUGGGCGGUGCGACGGCCUUGCAGAGUCAUGAUACUGGUGAACCCUCACAGUGGGCGGGGCCAGGCUCUGCAGCUUUUCACCGGCCACGUGCAGGGCAUGCUCAGUGAAGCCGGCGUCCCCUACAAGCUCGUCAUCACAGAGCACCAGAAUCACGCACGGGAGCUGGUGAAGAAGGCGGACCUGUCACAGUGGGACGCUCUGGUUAUCAUGUCGGGGGAUGGGCUGCUCUUUGAGGUGAUAAAUGGUCUGAUGGAGCGUGACGACUGGCAAGAGGCCAUCCAGACCCCUCUGGGGAUUCUACCGGGUGGCUCCGGCAACGCCCUGGCUGCCUCCGUGCACCACUACUCCCAGUCGCCCCCCGCCUGGAACGAGGAGCUGCUUCUGAGUUGUGGCUUCAUGCUGUGCAAGGGCCUGGUUGGCUCCUUGGACCUGGUGUCCAUCCACUUGGCCUCCACGCAGCGUCUCUUCUCCUUCCUGUCUCUGGCGUGGGGCUUUGUGGCCGACGUGGACAUCGAGAGCGAGAAGUACCGACACGUCGGUGCCAUCCGCUUCCUGAUGGGCACCCUCGUUCGCUUGGCCACUCUCCGUGUGUACCAGGGCAGGUUGGCGUACCUGCCGGUGAAGGAGAAGCCCAACCUGCCCACCACACCCCAGCACCCCUCCCUGUGCUCCUCCCUGCCCUGCCAGCUCAUCCCGACCUCCCCCCCGACUCAGAACUCGCACCACGUUUGCAACAAGUCCAACCCAAAGACCAUCAGCAUCUCCUCCAACGACGCCGUCACCACCAAAAGACCCGACAUCCCAAGCGGCAGCAGAACCAGAGAGCCACCGGAUUCUCUGCUCCCGGGCCUGGACCAACCGCUCCCAGAGAGCUGGACCGUGGUCAAGGAGGAGGACUUUGUCCUGGUGCUGGCCAUCUACCAGUCUCACCUGGCCGAGGACCUGUGGGCAGUUCCCGGCGCCCUGGCGGACGACGGCAUCAUCCACCUCUUUUACGUGACCGCCGGAAUCUCCCGACCGGCGCUCCUGCGCCUCUUCCUGGCCAUGGAGAAAGGGGCCCAUUUAGCGUGCGGCUGCCCCCACCUGGUCUACGAGAAGGUGCGGGCGCUGCGGCUGGAGCCCAUCUCUCGGGAGGGCGUGAUCGCAGUGGACGGAGAGACGGUGGAAUACGGGCCGGUUCAGGCUCAAAUCCACCCCGGACUGGCCAGACUCAUACACGGAUGACGGCGGAUUACGGUCAUCUUCUUCUGGUUUGGCCUUUUCCACCCUGGUGAUCCUUUGGACUUGCUGGUUUUUCAGAAGUGCCAAAGACAUUUCAUCAGCCUCUGGGAAUUCCUCUAUUUUUCUACCGAAAACAUGCUUCUAUUUUUGAAUCCCCCGUCUGAUUCAGGGUCAAAGCCACGGAUCGUCGUCCUCGCUGCUGGCUGGUCCCAGCUUCCAGGCUCCAGAGAUGGUGUGCAUGGCGGCGAGAUCCUGGCGGACGUUUCGAAUAAUGUAUGUGUGCGACCGCGCAUGAGGAGCAGCGGCAGAGGAGCGCGUCGUGCACUCUGCUGUCCGACCUCAUCAGCGCACACACAUGGAGAGAAGCACACCUCCCCGUCCGGGGAGAUUCCGGAGGGAAUAGCCCGAGCCUCCGGCGGAGCGGGCAGACAUCCCCGAAAAUCAUUUGACUCAUUUUGAUGUCGUGGAGAAACACCCAAACAUAAACAUACUGUAGGAGGAUUAAGGCUGAGAGGACUUGAACCCUUCCAUUUCCUGUCUACAGUCACGGUCAGACUGAACCAACUUAAACAUAAUUUCCCAUGUUCGCAUACACAUAUGGACAAAAGUAUUGGGACACCAAGUUAGUCAUUCUCGCCCGAAUCAGCUGGGAUAGGCUCCAGCAUCCUCGCCACCCUUGAGUGAAUUUCUGCAAACCUUCAACCUGGUUUUAAACAUGAUUAGAGCCCUCUAGACAUGAACUAACACCCCUACAGUCACCUUUACGCUUGCAUUACGCGAUAUGGUACACAUAAUAGAAGACCAUAAGACACAAACAAGACAUAAGGUAGGCUCACACACACACAUUAGCAUUUUCUUACUUCCUGUUCUGGACAGUACUUCCUGCGGUGGCUAUUGUCUCAUCACUGUAGCAUUACCGACACCUAGUGACCAGUGUAGAAUCCUACACACAGUAUCAUUAGGUCUUUGAACGCGUCUUCUAAAUGCCUUAUAUUUGUAAUUUAGUUCAAUUGAGCUAUUUUUUGCUUGACUUGGGCAAUAAUUAAGUACAAUUUGCUGUAGUAUGCAUAUUUUAAAAACUAUCAAUAGCCGGUAAAUUGUUGAUUUAAUUGCUAAUAUAUUUUUAAACUUUUAUUAAGACUUUUUAAGGGUACACGGAUACCCUGGAAAAGGUCUAGCCCAGCACUCCAUUGAUUCAUAAAUUGAUUAAAAGGUGUCUGUCAACACCUGCGUCCAUAUAACGUUCUCCGUAGCGUCAUCGUUUCUUCAUCGCGUGGAGAUGGAAGCUCUCUCGCGCCUAAUGUGUCCUUAUUAACGAGCUCUACUUCUGAUUGGGACGGGAAGUGAGGCUGUAGACACAUACCUGGUGUGGCGCACGAGUGCUGCAGGGGAGCCGGGCGCUGUUUAGCCUUUUGGCUGUAAAUGUUAGCGGAAUCAUCAUUCAGCUCAUCGACACACGACACAUCUGUUUAUGUAAGGUCACGCUUACCACACGCACACACACACACACACACACACACACACACACACAUAGUAUGUCUUGGCUGACCUUCUUUCCCGAGUCAGCAGAUAAAAAAAGCAAACAUAAUUAUGCCAAAACUGAAAUGCCAAAUAUUAACAUUCAUGUCCCAGCCUCUGGUCAGUCGUGUAGUGAAAUAUUUUUUUCUCCUGCUCUCACUUGAAUCAUAUAUAUAUAAAUAAUAUAUAUAUAUACUAUAAUAUAAUAUAAUAAGCUAGCAAUGUGCUUCCAAUACACCAUCAUGUUCUCCACGCUAGUAACCAAAUGUGUUGAAGCAGAUCUCCAACAGGGUGUGGAUGUCAGCUAUGCAAAUGCUGGGUCAUGGUGGCACAUGAGGACCCAGGGCGCCCCCUACUGGGUGACUGCCUGUACAAGUCAGGCCUGGUGGGCUUACAUAAUGCACUGUCCUCAGGCUGACACUUUCCUGCUAUGUUACUUAAGUCUUUAGAAAAUGAAGCAUAUUUCUAUGAGGAUUUGACCCCCCCCCCCUCAACCCGACAACCAUGUUAUUGUCAAUUACAUAAUUACAAGAACCUCUCAUAGAAACGCACAGGCUUUUUGCACGACUUGACAUGAUUUUACUGGUUUGAACACAAUUAGAAUGAGUAGCGUCUUUGUCAUGAGAUUUGAUACAUAAUGUAGGAGAUCCUCUCACAGAGGACGCACGGAAACCAGGUCAAACUUGGUGAUGCAGUGAGCGUUAUUGCCAGACUGGAAGAAAGACGCUUAGUUCAAUGAACUUCUUUGUGAGCCUGUAAUGCUGUGUUGCUGUGUCAUGUCGUCAGUCAGACAUCCGCUCGCCGCAGGAGGUCACGGGGGUCAAAUGCUUGGCGUUGUCAUCAAACGUGCCGGGAAAUGGACAGGAGGCGUGUAUGCUGUUGUUUGGUAUGAUGCUUUAUGUUGGUUACAAUAAUAAAUUUUGAAACAACUGGAAAUG